AUGUUAUCUUCUCGAGCUAUUUCAAAUAAAAGUAAUAACAACAAUAGUAAACAUUAUUCAUCACCAAAUAAUGCUUAUACGAAAUCUGUAACGACUUUACCUUCGAAGAAUAGUCCCAAGAAUAAUUAUCAACAAAAGAAGAAUUAUCAAAAACCACCAUCAUCUAACAAACGUCGUAAUAAUAAGAAAAAGAUAUCCACUCCAGCCCUUUCUUCUGAAGAUGAAUCCUCUUCUUCUUCUUCUUCUACUUCUGAAGAUGAUGUAACUCAACCAAAACAGAUGAAAAGAGUUCAAUACCAUCACAGGCAGCAGCAACAACAACAGCAGUAUCGUAAUCAUAAUAAUUUUAGCAGUAGUAAUAUUGAUGAUCAAGUUUACGCCGGUCCUACAUUUAGUAAUGCUCCUGCUCCCAGUAAACUUCCUAUUCCUGCUUUUAAUGCUCGUGGUUCCCCUAUUCAUUAUCCUCAUCCACUUUACUAUGAACAAAAACCUGCUACAAGUUAUAUGACUUAUAUCAAUACACCUCAAAAAGUUAUUACUGCUUAUGAAUUGGAAAAAACAAACUUGGCUCUUUCGGAAAUUCAACAAGGUCUUCGUUCCAUGUUGAAGAUUGAAUCAUAA